AUGCGACUUUCCCUAGCGUUCCUGUUUUCUGUCGCCCUCUCCACCGUCAACGCUGUCCUUGUUGAUUUUCAGGUCGCUCAGCCACCUCCCGUUCCCCAAGACGCGAAGCAAUGCACCAUCCAGAUCCUUCAACGUGACUUCGCAUUCUCAUUCGGCUUGGCUGAGGUUGUUCAAUUCGCGCCCCCGACCGAUUGCGGUGAACCAGGGUCUUGGGCAGCAAUCACACUCAACUUUACGGUGACCAGCAAUGGCACACAAUUCGACCGUCUAGGAAUCUUCACCUUCCAAAAUGUUGAAAGUGCUUUGGCGGACUUCGACACCGGAGCCGACACGAACUGGGAUCAUAUGGACGCAUCCAGCUAUAUCAAGGAUGUCACUCGUUUCACGCCCUUAUUCGCAAAGCCGGGCACGUUUAUUCUGCAGCUCGACAAUCUGAUUCAGACUGGACUGGAUGGAAUUUACUCCACGACAUUACACGCCACCUUCUAUGCAUCCUCGCCCGCGCACCCUCCAGCUAAAAAGGCCAACCAGAUUAUCCCACUGUCCACACUUUCCAACACAACCGGGAACGAUGCAUCUGUUCCUCCAAGUUUCUCUAUAAACGUUACCCUUCCGCAAAAUGCCGUGGCGAUCUACGCAGAAAUAAUUCCUUCCGGGAACGGAAAUGAAGAAUUCUGGUAUUUCAAUGUUGCCAACGAAUUCCUGCCCGAGCUUCCUUCCGGCACGCUUGGCCAAGGACCGUUCCGAGAAGUCAGACUCCUGGUGGAUGGACAAGUUGCGGGCGUUGCGUUCCCCUAUCCAGUCGUAUUUACUGGCGGAUUUUCACCUCCGCUCUGGAGACCAAUUACUUCAUAUGGUGCUGUCGACUUGCCUACCUACUUCAUCGACGUGACACCAUUUGUUCCAAUUCUGACGGAUGGCUUACCCCAUACAUUUACCUUGGAUGUCGCAUCUGCCGAAGCAGACCAUACUAUCCUCCAGAACUGGUUUGUGUCCGGGGCUCUACAAGUAGUGACAGAUAGCUCAUCGAAACGCACGACUGGCAAAAUACUGUCGUAUCAGGCGGAGCCCUUCGCAAUCUCCAGCAAUACCGGAAGCGUCGAUUCGUCUAAUGGAGACAUCCACAUCACUGUUUCUGCAACACGCAAGAUCCACAUUUCAUCGGAAAUUAUCAGUGGAAGUGGGAAGAAGACACUAGUCAACUGGGACCAGCAGCUGACCUACUCGAAUCAGCAAGACUACCUCAACGAUACCCUCGUCCAGAAUCUCUUCCAGUCCACUACAGGAUCCUCGCUCUCCACUCACAACGGAGUCCCCACAGUCAAAGAUCAAGCGUCGUUCCCUGUCACGAUCAACUUCACUGCACUCAACCCGAGUGGUUCAUUCUUCUUCACGAGAUUCGACCACAGCUACAACCGCAACCUGCUCCCGGGUAUCUUUUUGGGAUCGACGAUUGCUGAACGCCAGAUUGCUGCUGGCUUCUUCAACAUCUCGUCUGCGGGAAACAGUGGCAAUGGGACCUCCAACAACACAUUCUCGUAUGUCGACACUCAAGGCAACACCUUCCAGAGGCGGGUCAAUGCUGCCUUUAACAACAUCACGCUGGAUAUUCAGAGUGGCUCGCUCGCCUCCAAAGCGAAGACAGGGGCCAUUGACGGUGAAGCGCCAAAUGGAGCCCAGGCUAGCUUUGCAGGAGCAAGACUUCCUUCCGGUCGUAGUCACGGUCAUUGA